UAUCAACAGACAGGUGUUCGUGUUUACACAUUUGUUGAUGAAACAGAAAAACAAAAUUAUAAAUUUUGGCAUAAACUGUGUUUACGAUGCCACCAACCUGAUUCGACCCCGUCUUGGCGACCGUCAUGGUGGCAAAAGAUAUUUCCGUUUCCACUUUUCCCUACGUACAGACAGUCAGCGCAACAAAUCUGCAUUUUACUUUUCUUCUUACUUAUAUGGGGUAUCGCAUACGUAGAAAUUGGAGAAUCUGUAACUCCAGAUGGAGAACUGUUUAGCAUGACUAUUCUAGUCAUCGCCGCGUACUUAAUUGGCUGGUUGUGGCUGAAGGUGACCACAUUACCAGCACUAAUUGCCAUGCUACUCACCGGCAUACUGUUCCAAAACCUCCACUUAGUGCACAUGACGGAUAAAUAUAGGAAACUUAAUCAAGAUCUGAGAAAAGUAGCGCUAGUUAUUAUACUAAUGAGAGCGGGGUUGGGACUCGACGCAAAAGUUUUAAAGAAGCACUACACCGCAGUACUGCAACUGGGCCUGUUGCCAUGGAUAGUUGAAUGUGUCGCCGUAUGCUUGUCCUCGCAUUUUUUUCUAUCACUGCCAUGGAUAUGGGGUUUUUUACUAGGAUCUAUGAUAGCGUCAGUUUCACCGGCAGUAGUAGUGCCAUGUCUGUUUCGGCUCCGCGACUCCGGAUACGGAGUUGCUAAGGGCAUACCCACACUGUUGCUCGCCGCCGCAGCGAUCGACGAUUCAAUAAGCGUGGCCGUGUUCGCUAUUAUCUUAAACGCUAUGUUCUCAACGGGCUCGGUUACUUACAACAUUAUCGUGGGACCGCUGUCAAUUUUAGCGGGCAUAGGAAUUGGAUCUCUUUGGGGGGCUAUAGCUUCAGUUAUUCCAGAAAAAGGAGAUAUUUAUGUGGUGCCGUUGCGAUUUUUGAUUUUAUUUCUGGGAGGCUUAUUCUCACUAUUUAUGUCUAAUUUAAUUGGAUGGAGUGGUGCAGGCCCUCUGGCAAUCGUAUCUUCGGGAUUUGUAGCAGCGUUUUUUUGGGAAAAGCAAGGAUGGGUUGUAAAUAAAAACCCUGUCAGUAAUGUCUUCAGAAUCUUAUGGAUAUUCUUCGAGCCAAUACUCUUUGCGUUUACAGGAGCACAAAUUACGAUUAGCUCUCUUGAUCCUGAGGUUAUAAAAAUGGGUGCAAUUUGUUUGGUGACAUGUCUAAUACUACGUAUGAUCGCCACUUUUUUUGUUAGCUUUGGGUGUGGACUUAACAAGAGAGAGAAGCUAUUUAUUGGAGUGACGUGGUUAGCAAAAGCUACGGUGCAGGCAGCAUUAGGUCCGGCAGCGUUAGACUUAGUAAGAAGCGGGCAAACUUCUGGAUUGUCACCUAUUGAUGAAGAAAAAUACGCUAAAACAAUUCUGGCUAUGAGUGUUCUUAGCGUUGUUUUGUCUGCACCAUUAGGAGCGAUACUUAUUGCUAUAACUGGACCGAAAUUAUUAAGUCGAGAAACCGAAUCAAAAGCUCCUGAGCGUAAUGAAGGAAAUGUCGAAAGUGCAAGAAUUGCAGCAAUAACGCCAUUGUGAGAUUAUUAAACAUGGAAAAUUUUUAUUAAGAAAACCUGUAACUUUUAGUUAAUAUUGUUAUGAAUUAAUA